AUGUCGCUCGAAGCAACCAUGAUCAUCGUGGAUAAUAGCGAAAGCAGUAGGAAUGGGGACUAUACCUCGACAAGAUGGCAAGCACAGAUCGACGCCGUCAGCGUCAUUCACACCGCCAAGAUGCGCGUACAUCCCCAGUCAGCCGUCGGACUUAUGAGCAUGGGUGGAAAGGGUCCUGAGGUUCUGUCGACGUUCACCUCCGACUUUGGCGCUAUCCUGGCCGGUCUGCACCGCACUAAGAUCCAUGGCACUACCCACCUGAGCUCCAGUAUACAAGUGGCCGGUCUCGCUUUGAAACAUCGUUCCGAGAAGUCCCAACACCAACGCAUUAUCGUGUUCUCGUGCUCUCCUAUCGAAGAAGAUGAGAAGUCAUUGGUUAAGCUGGCUAAGAAGAUGAAGAAAGUCAAUGUAUCUAUCGAUGUCAUCGCCUUCGGAGACCUCGAGUCCGAUCAAACUAAGAAGCUGGAGGCGUUCGUCGAGAACGUCAAGGGUGGCGACGGCUCACACCUGGCCAUCAUCCCUCCUGGUCCGAACCUGUUGAGUGAGGAGCUUCAAAUGACGCCCAUUCUGGGCGGCGAUGGUGCUGGAGCAGGCGACGCAGGUGCAGGUGGUGAAACCGGUGAUUUUGGAUUCGAAGAUGCGGCUGAGAAUGAUCCCGAAUUGGCGUUCGCCCUACGCUUAUCCCUGGAGGAAGAGAAGAAUCGACAAGAAAAGGAAAAGCGGGAGCGAGAGGAGCAAGAACAGAAAGCCAACCUGGAUAACAUUCCGGAGGAAGGACAAUCGGGUGAAUCGAGCGGGAGCAAAGAUAAGAAGGAGGACGGUGACAAGAUGGACACCGCGUAG